AUGAGCGGUUUUCGCGAAUCACUUGCUGAACAACUUCGAUCUAUUGAUCCAUUUGUUCUAACUGCAGCUGUUGCUAUUUCAACAUUUUCAGCUACUAAUUUAUGGCAUAUGCAUCAAGAUGAAUUUGGUAAGAAUAUCAUGUUUUGUGAAGAAAAUAAAAAUCAAAAGACUAAAGACUAGUUUGCGAAUUAUUUCAAACUAGAGAAAAGUUUGAUAAGACUUCAGCAUCAAUAUUUCUUUGAUUACAGGGAUCAGAAGAAGAUUGCGAACAACUUUCUUCGAUUUGGUGAAAUCAAUUCCGGGAAUUAGAAAGCAAAUAGAUGUGAGUGCAAAAACAGAAAAAGGGUUUCUGAUUUGUUCUUUGAUAUAAAGUGCAUACACAAAAUAAUCAGUGACUUAAAUAAUGAUAAUUAUUUUAGGAACAGCUCGAAGAAGUUAAUACAGAACUAGCAAAUAGCCUUGUAUAUCAAGGCGAUGAUGGAAAAUUCAUUGCAAAAUUACCAAAUAACGGAAUGAAAACUGAUCAAUUAAUUCAAUUAGCCACUAUUUAUGAUAACAUGGGUAAGCAAGCUGAUUUAAAGUGAUAUCAUCAACGGGUUUUUAUAUCCUUUUUCAGAAGGUCCAAGAUAUUUGGAAGGUCGUGUAUCUGGCGCUGUUUUUAGUGAUGAAUCUGAUAAAGACGAAUUGCGCGCUUAUGCCGAAGUUUUCAAAAUGUUUGCUUGGAGUAAUCCACUUUGGCCAAAACUAUUCCCUGGAGUUCGAAAAAUGGAAUCAGAAGUUGUUCGAAUGUGUUGUGAUAUGAUGAAUGGAGAUUCAGAUACUUGUGGAACAAUGUCAACUGGUGGAAGUAUUUCAAUUUUAUUAGCGUGUUUAGCACACCGUAAUCGUCUUCUCAAAAGAGGAGAAAAAUAUACAGAAAUGUAAGAAAAUAUCAAAACAAUUUUAAAAUUAUAUUUCGAAAUAUUCAGGAUUGUGCCUUCUUCAGCACAUGCCGCAUUUUUCAAAGCAGCUGAAGUUUUUCGAAUCAAAGUGAGAAAAAUUGAAGUCGACCCGCAGACAUUCAAGGUAGGCAAUGAUUUCACGAUUGAUAAGAUGGAAUGAUCACGAUCGCGUUUAAGAGAGAAAUAAUGUGUAGAAUGAAGAGAGUUUGUAUGAGACACCUGUCUGCAAAAUUAAGUUUGUUUACAAUGACGAUCAAAACAUUUUUUUCAGGUUGAUGUGCGAAAAAUGCGUGCUGCGAUUAAUAGAAGAACGUGCAUGUUAGUCGGAAGUACCCCUAAUUUCCCAUUUGGAACAAUUGAUCCCAUUGCUGAAAUCGCUGAACUUGGAUUAGAAUUCGAUAUUCCAGUUCAUGUUGAUGCUUGUCUUGGUGGAUUUAUUCUUCCAUUUAUCGAUAAUAAUAUCAAAUAUGACUUCAGUGUACCAGGAGUUUCUUCAAUUUCAGCUGAUACUCAUAAAUAUGGAUUAGCUCCAAAAGGAUCUUCAGUUAUUAUGUAUCGUAAUAAGGAACUUCUUCAUAAUCAAUAUUUCUGUGAAUCCGAUUGGCAAGGAGGAAUUUAUGCAUCUGCAACACUUGAAGGAAGUCGAUCUGGAAUGAAUAUUGCAUUGUGUUGGGCUGCAAUGCUGUAUCACGGAAAAGAUGAAUAUACUGUGAAUGCGCAAAAAAUAGUUGAAACAACUAGAAAAAUUCGAAAUGGUUUGGCUGGAAUUGAAGGAAUCAAACUACAAGGAGAAUCAGACAUUUGUAUUGUCAGUUGGACAACUGAAAAAGGAAUUGAUGUUUAUCGAUUCCAUAAUCAAAUGAAGGAAAGAAAUUGGCAAUUAAGUGGAUUACAAUUUCCAGCCGGUGUUCAUAUUAUGGUUACAAUGAAUCAUACUGGCGAAGGUCUUGCUGAAAAAUUGAUUGAAGAUUGUCGCGAGGCUAUUCGAUUUGUCAAAGAGAAUCCACCUGCACCUUCAGAAAAAUCAUGUGAAGCAGCAAUUUAUGGAAUGGCUCAAGGAAUACCCGAUAGAUCAUUAGUCUCAGAAUUCGCUUAUACUUAUUUGGAUACUUGUUAUCAAAACACACGUUAA